UACUUACACAAUAUGCCAAUCGUUCUUCUUUUGGCUAUUCCAUCUUAUUGAGAGGAAAACACGCGUACAUGUAGAAGGUAAUAUAUGUACGUAUAAUAUGGAAUUGGAAAAUACAAACUCAAAGAGGUUAAGUGAACACACAAAAUCAAUUUCUUCGGAACAAAAUGAUCCUUGGGCAGUGUCAUUAGACCUCAAAGAAACAACUACAUGGAAAGAAUUGUCGACCACAAAGCGAACUAAACUUCUGGUUUCAAUAUUUGUGAAGACUGUCGUUUUGCUAGUGUUCGUUUAUUUCUUCAUUUGUGCUCUUGGAUUUUUAACAGAUGCAUUCCAACUUCUUGGAGGUGAGGCAAAUGCGAAAAUAUUCAAGGAGAACGAAGUUUUGUCCAAUCCUGUUGCCGGCUUAAUGAUUGGAAUUCUCGCUACAGCAUUGAUACAGAGUUCCUCAACUACAAUAUCUAUAGUCAUUGCUCUUGCAGGAUCAAAAACUAUUCCGGUACGGGAUACGAUCCCUAUGAUAAUGGGGUCAAACAUUGGGACCACGGUCACAAAUACCAUAGUCUCAUUGGCUCAGGCAGGGUCUCGCGAGGAGUUCCGGAAAGCUUUUGGAGGUGCUACAAUUCAUGAUGUGUUUAACUGGAUGUGCGUCAUUGUUUUACUUCCUAUCGAGGUCAUCUCCGGCUAUCUGUUUCACUUAACAAAAGCUAUAGUUGAUUCCCUUGACAUUUCCGGUUCUUCAAAGACGAAGAGAGAUUUGUUGAAGACUAUUACUAAACCAUUUAUACGUUUGUUUGUCCAGAUCGACAAAACUGCGUUAAAAUGUAAGGCAAUACAUGUUAACGGCACAUCACGGACAGUCCUCAAGAGAUGGUGUGGUAAAGUAUGGACUUCGUCUAAUGCAGACCCCUGCUUUCCUAAAAAUGUAACCGGAGACAGGCGUUGCAAGAACCUGUUUGCCCUCUCCGACCUUAAUGACGAGGAAGCCGGGCUUAUUCUGACUAUUGCUGCCUUACUGCUCAUAGUCCUAUGUCUGUUUGUGGUUGUCAAGCUGCUGAACUCCCUCUUCAAAGGAACGAUGGCCUCAAUUGUCAAACGCUUUAUUAACGCUGAUUUCCCGGGAAAAUUCGGAUGGCUUACCGGAUAUGUUGCAAUUCUUAUAGGAGCAGGUAUGACGAUGAUCAUACAGAGUAGCUCGGUGUUCACCUCCACAUUGACGCCUUUAGUCGGGGUUGGCAUCGUGUCGAUGGAGAGAAUGUUCCCCCUGACGAUCGGCGCUAACAUUGGCACCACCGUUACCGGAAUCCUGGCGGCGUUAGCAGUGUCAGAGUCGCAAGUACACCUAACCUUACAAGUCGCACUUUGUCACUUAUUUUUCAACCUUUCCGGAACCGUCCUGUUCUAUCCCAUUCCAUUUCUUCGCAAGAUUCCAAUUUAUUUGGCUAAGAGCCUCGGUAAUUCCACAGCUCAGUAUCGGUGGUUUGCGAUUGUAUAUCUGGUCGGAAUGUUCUUUUUGCUUCCAGCAGCUUUUUUUGCGUUGUCACAAGCGGGUCCGGUAGUCUUUAAGGCUGUCGGGAUACCUUUCCUGACUGUGCUAGUGAUUGUUAUUCUCGUUAAUUUAUUACAAGUUAAAGCACCCCAAUGUCUUCCAAAACAGUUGAGAACUUGGAACUUUCUGCCAUCGUGGUUACACUCGCUAGAGCCAUAUGAUAGAGUGAUCAGCAAAAUAAUGUGUAUGAAAUGUUGCAGGAACCAGGGGCAUAAAGACGACUUUAAAAUCUGAAUCUAUUGUCAAUAUCAAAAUAACCUAGGACGUAUAGAAACUUAAAAAAGUUUUUAAGUUAACUAUUAUAGAAUGUUUUGUAUUAUCAAAGAUGAAAGUUAAAAUAAGGGAGUGCCAGUAUACCCAAUAAAUAAAAUAAGAAGA